GAGUGACGACGGCGUGCUAACGGGUUAGCCGGUUAGCUACUGCUACCUAGUGUGUGCGCGGUGGAGGUGAUUUAUACAUGAUAUAGAAUAACACCCCUGAAGAUAUUGCCUAUUAUUUUAGCUCAGCCAUCCAGGUAACUUUAUUAUGCCCAGCAAAAAGAAGAAAUACAACGCAAGAUUUCCCCCGGCAAGGAUUAAGAAGAUUAUGCAGACAGAUGAAGAAAUAGGCAAAGUGGCCGCAGCAGUACCUGUUAUUAUUUCGAGAGCCUUGGAACUUUUUUUGGAAUCAUUGCUUACAAAGGCCUGUCAAGUCACCCAGUCUAGGAAUGCAAAGACGAUGACAACAUCACAUCUAAAGCAGUGUAUUGAGCUGGAGCAACAGUUUGAUUUCUUAAAAGACCUGGUAGCAACUGUGCCAGAUAUGCAGGGCGAGGGGGAAGAGAACCACACUGAGGGGGGAGGAGAAAAAGUCCCACGCAGGGGUCGAAAACCAGGGUCAGGACGCAAGAAUGGAGGAGCUGGCUCCAAAGGCAAAGACAAGAAGUUAUCUGGCACAGAAUCCGAGCAAGAGGAUGAUUCUGAGGACAGCGAGACAGAUGGAGAUGAGGAGGACGGCUCUCAGUCAAGCACAAAUCUGCAGGCAGCAUCCAGGUUCCCCAGCUCAAAUGCACCCCCGCCGUACAUGCACAUGGGCAACAUGGUCUCAAUGGGCAGCAUGGCUCCAGCACAGCCCCAGGGUGGCAUGGCCUUCGCUCCCCACCCCUCCAUGAUGAGUGCCGCACCACCUCCCCCAGCCCCGCCGCUGCACAAAAACCAGGACGAUGACGAUGACGACGAAGACUAUGACUCUUAGCUCCCGCCAAGCACCUCCACCACCACUCACACACACACACACACACACUCACACACACACACACACACACACACACACACACACACACACACUCUACCAACAUUAAUUUUGAUUUCUUAAGUUGUUCUUGCGGCAGCUGCGAGGAGGAGGGGAAGACUCAUCACAGCCCGCUGACAGAAAAGCCCUCACCAGCUGCUGCAGGAGACAGGAACCUGGUUGUAUAUUAUGUGUUUUAAUUUUUCUUUUGUUUUUUUCUUUCUUUCUUUUUUUUUUUUUUUUUUUUUUUUUAAAAAAGAAGGUUUUACUUUAUUGUAGAGGAGACUCCAAAGAGGAUGUUUUUUAAAAAGUCAGUCGUUCUAUUUUGACUGUUAAAGGCAGUCUGUUAAUGGCAGUUGCCACUGUUUUUGCCAUGAGCCCCUACAGACAGGAUAGGUGUGGUUUGUGUUGCCUUGCUUUUUCUUUUGGCACUUUUCUUUCUUCCUCAGUCCUUUGUAGUAGACAUUAUGAAGUGAGCAAAUCAGUCACUCAAACCCUCAGGUUGGCUGAAGAAAAUCUAUAAGUGGUAGUUAAAGUCUUAUUAAAGCCUUUGAUGCACAUAGAAAGGCAACUAGUGGAGAUGAGUUCAGGGCAACAGUUUGUAGAGAAUUUGGAAGGAGAACAGCACUUGUCGAAAGGCAAAGGAGGUCAUUGUAUCACCCAUGAUGUGCUGUAUUACUAUGUUAUCGAUAGGCUAUGAAAUACUGCUUUAAAGAUGUAAGCCCUACUUCCUGGCUUUGCCACAACUUGCUUGUCAGUUCAGUUGUCAGGCUGUAACAUAGACACGAAGGCAUGUGUAAUUUUACUAUAGGUUAACUACCCACAGAGUUUUUGGAUUAGUUUGUAUUUUUAAUUCAUGUUUUUAUCAAGAGAACUGUAAAACUCAACGACCACAGCCCUGAAUUCAACCACAUCAGCAAGUUAAUGAUUUACAUUUUGUUCGCUGUUUUUGGCGCUGUCAGAGGUAAGUUGCUCUGGCAAAUGGACCUUGUACAUUAUUUUAUAAGGCCAUUAAAUUCCCCUGAAUGACCCAUCAAAAGUAUACUGUGACUCUUGGACCAUAACUUUGUUUUUAAAGUUAUAUGUCUCCUUGUCCUUUCUAAUUUCUGUUCUGGCCACCCCUCCAACUUUGAGUAACUUUAACCUCUUUAUCUUUGACAUUUUCCCCCCUCUUUUUAGCUUGUUUUAAAUGUAUCCAUUGAAAGCAGAGAUGGGGCUUCCAUUUAUGUGUCAGUCUCAGUAUGAAAUGUUUCCAAUUAGACAUUUGAAGUUGACACUGUAUUGUAAACUUUUAACAUUCUUUUUAUUUUGUAUGGGUGAAAUAAAGUUCAUAUUUCAAUUAAAAAAAAAGCAACUAUU